UGUGAAACAGCGGGCAUCCAAUCGCUAAGAGAUGGGAUUACUGCAGCGACGCCGUGCCUGCGGCUUCGCGGCACGAGAAGUGAGCACAAGAGCCACGAGGAUGCUCUAGAUGCGGUUGAAUGCAUUGACCAUUCGUGGGAAGAAAGAGCCGGGGGUACAAAAGGAAGGUAGAUCUCGUGAGAGACAUCUCGUGUUAUUCCAGCGCCUUCUGUUCACCUCUACCUCAUCGAAAUACUCCGCAACCAACGGUGGUCAAUUCCGAAAAUCAAUCAAGAUGCUCCCCUCCACGAUCCUCGCAAUGACUGCUCUUGCAGGUAGCGCAACAGCACAUUACAAGCUCCUUGCCCCUGCAUGGCGUGGUGACUCGUUCGAAGAGCCUGCCAGCCAGUGGAUUUUCCCUUGCGCCAACGUCAACGAAACGACCGACAUCGCAAACCGCACCCAAUGGCCCCUGACCGGUGGCUCAGUCUCAAUCAACGGCUCGCACAGCUCCGCCCUUACCUACGUGAACCUCGGUCUCGGCACCAACGUGACCAACUUCAACAUUUCGCUCGUCGAGAACCUCAAUCAAACUGGCGCCGGUGUGCUCUGUCUCAAGGAAGCCGGUCGUGCGAACCUCGAGGAGGGACUCAAGGCUGCUGGAUACAGUGGCUUCGAAGAUGAGAGGCUGAAUGGACUGGAGGCUAGUGUGCAGGUCAUUCAGCUGGGCCACUCGGGAAGCGCAUUGUACAACUGCGCGGACAUUGUAUUCAACUCGACUGCUCAGCUGCUCGCUGAUAACCAGUGCGUCAACAGUACAGGAGUCGGUGCUGAGCACGUCGGCAACCUCCAGCAGUCUUCUACAAACACCAGCAGUGCUGCGACACCGUCGGCUAGCACAGGUGCUGGAAUCAUGCUGACGCCCGUCGCUGGUACCGGACUUCUUGCCGGUUUGUUCGCUUGGUGUAUGCUGUAAGCAGUACAUGGUCACCUCGAAGGCCUAUAGAGGAUUAGUGCACGAGAUAGCGCCCUCAUAACAAGGAGAAAAAUUAGAUGAUACCACUUAGCUUGUUGUAAUCAAAUACACUAAGCAUCAAUAUUAGUUUUUGACUUCCUUUAAUUUCGCCAGUCCACACGACCAUUCGAGCUAGGCCGCUUGAAAGACUCGAUGUACUUCAUAUUGUCUCCUAGCAUGAACCAAAUUCACACACAUGGCCCGAUGUAUAACAGACUGGCCGCCCAUAAUUAGUAGGUUCCGGUAGGCCAAGAUCAGUGAAAUAGUAGACAACAAUUGUGAG